AUGAAUCCACCUCUACUAUUCCGUGUGGCUCAGGCUCUCACUCACAUUGUACCUCGAUGUUCACCUAAGAAAAUGGAGAACAUUGAAAUAUGGCCAUUACACUACUGGGAAGCAGCUCUCAAGAAUCAUAUUUUGGGUCCUUCAAAUGAACCAAGAACAUCUGUGCUUCAAUCGCUCAGUGGGUCUUUUUGUUCAGGUUAUACAAAUUCUGGUGUCAGCAAUUGUCUCAGUCCUUUGAGAAAUCGGAUUAUAACACAGCCUUCAAGUCAGAGCUUACCGGUUCACAUAUCUUAUUUGUAUUACCAUCAAGUUACAAUGCUUGAAAGUCGGUCUAAAACAGCCGACAAUUUGGAUACAAUAGAUGAGAGUUUACUGCGAUCACUUAUACGUUUAUGUGAGUAUGAUUCAUCGAUUUGUAAUGAAGCAACUCGUUCAUGCGGUAACAGAUUAUUGAAUAGUCUGAUUCUCAAGUCAAAGUCGCAUGGAAUAAACAAUCUUAAAGCCGAUUUCGCGAAAGCGAGUUCAAUAUUCGAUAACAAUCAAGACUUCAGUGGUCUUGAGUCGCAGUCGUCAAAGCCUGGUUCGUUCGUGAAAACAUCUGGCAGCAAUAUUUCUGUCCCCAUAGAUCUCAGUAAUUCUAUUACACAAGAAUCACAAACAGUUUUUUCGCCUUCAGUCAAAACAAACACUGACGAUACUGUCUCACGUUUGAAUGUUGUGAACGACAAGAGAUCAAGCAACAUUUUUGAACAACCGUCUAAUACAGAAAAUACACCAAUGACGAGUUCUCCACGUCCCUCCCAGCCACCAUCAUCAAUCAAUACUCCCAUCUGUUCUCCAUCUAAACCUCCACCAAGUUCUACUCAUCACAACGUACCGACUCUUACUUGUUCAUUGGUUAAAUUUUAUGAUACAUUGCAAAGUACUGCUGGCGUACAGAUAUCGCAUACUGGUGCUGGUGAUCAAUCUGCUACUUCAGCUUGUCGUCAGGAUACCUGCUUGUCAAAUCUGAUCAGUGUUUGGCAGACCCUAGUCAGUGGUCUGUCAUGUCAGCUAGCUGAGACCAAGUUAGAGCUUACGCGUAGUCGAGAACUCAAUGAACAGUUGUCAAAGCAAUUAAGUGAAACUAGCAAGCAAUUAUCAGAUGCUGUUAACAAAUUUAUUGAAUUUCAAAAUACCAGUCAAAUUGCUACUGCAAAGUCAGCCAACAUCAUCCCUGUACCGUCUGCAUCGAAUGCUUUGCUUGAAACGCCUGCUCAAGAACUUUCAAAGGCUAUCAGUGAACUUCGACACUGGCUUCCAGAAGGUAUGGCAGCAGCUGCUUGUGCUGCUGUGAAUGCACGCUUAUCACCACCAACUCGUACACAAUCAUUUGGUCAGCAUCAAUCACCAUGUCGUUCUGAAACACCAAUACAAUCAAAUAAUCGUGUAACCGUACACGAACAGCACCACCACCAACAGCAGCAGCAGCAGCAGCAGAAAAUCUCUACUGUCAUUUCAUCUCCAAAAUCACACUAUGAAGAUGUAGAAGAAUUUCCUGAAGCUUAUGAACCUGCUGUUAACUUUAAACCAGUUUUAGAAACUUUACCAGAUCUUGUUGACUCAAAAACUGGUGAAGAAAAUGAUGAACGUUUGUUUUGUGAACGUGCUCGUCUAUAUCGUUGGGAUAAGGAAAGUGAAAGCUGGAAAACACGUGGUGUUGGUGAAAUUCGUAUUUUAAAGAAUACAAAUACUGGAAAAUGUCGAUUGGUUAUGAGACGUGAUCAGGUGAAGAAAUUGUGCGCAAAUCAUUAUAUUACCUCAUCUACUAAGUUAUCUCCUUCUACAAAAGAUCCAAGAAUGACUAUAUGGGCAGCUAAAGAUUAUUCUGAAUCGCUUGAAGGCAUUGAUGAACUUUUCAUGAUUCAGUUCAAAUCAUCUGAGAUACUUGGUGAAUUCAGUCGCAUCUUCUCUGAGUGUACUGCUAAAACCAAUCAGAAUUAUGUGCCUGCAAACACCGCAUCUGAGGCUGAAGACAAGUCUUCUAAGCAUAAUGUGACUCCUGUAAAAUUCCAACCAUCUUCUACGACUGGUAUUCAAUCGACACCUAUUGUAGCCAAGCCAUCGACAAUAGAGAGCAAAAGCAAUGCUCAGGUUCCAAAACAAGUAGAUUCAAUGCUUUCAAAGUUUGCUCCUAAAUCAGGUUCAUGGGAGUGUCCUACUUGCCUACUAUAUCAUGACGCCUCUGUUAUUGUUUGCUCUGCUUGUAAAACACCUAAACCUGGAUCUUCAAGUGAGUCCACUGCCACUACUACUACUACCAGUACUACCACUACCGCUACUUCUAAAGCUACUUUGUCCACACCAUUGUUUGGCGGUUUCUUGAAAAGUACCGGAGGAUUUGUAUUUGGACAGACAAAGCCUUUAGAGUCCAGUGUUUCCAGUGCCACAACUACCACUGCAACACUAGCAAUAACAACAACAACAACAACAACAGGAUCUGCAACACCUAAACCUGUGUUCAGUUUUGUUGCCACCUCGCCUAAACAGAAUACAAAUCUAUUUCCGACUACAACAUCUCAAACACCAGGAUCAUUGUCGUUUAUUUUCGGUAAUUCUCUUCCCACUACUACCACUACUUCGUCUUCUUCAUCGUUUGUGAAUGUAUUCCCGUCUACUCUGCCGACUACUGUAUCAUCCAGCAGUGAUAAGAAACCGAUAUUUCCACCGAUUGCAUCAACUACUUCUGUUGGCAGUGGUCAGUCGGGAUUCACUUUUUCGUUUGGUAAUGCUUUAUCAAAGUUGAAUGCAUCUACUCCUACUACUACGUCUACCACUACUAAGUUGUCGACGAGUUUUUCAACUCCAGCUCAAGGCGAUAGUCAUGUUGAUAAUGAUGACGAUGAUGAUAAAGUGGAAUUGGUCGACGAUUCCAAGUUAACAUUUAAACCAGUCCUUGAAGUGAUGCCUAAGAAAAUUGAAGUUUUUACCGGUGAAGAAAAUGAUGAGGUGAUAUUUUGUCGUCGUGCUAAACUUUAUCGUUGGGAUAAUAAUGCCUGGCAUGAACGGGGAGUUGGAGAUUUGAAAUUACUACGUUCCACGAUUACAGGUAUCAUCCGUUGUGUAAUGCGUCGUGAACAUGUUUUAAAGGUAUGCUGUAAUCAUGUGGUUGGUGUUGGUAUGCAAUUGAAACCAAUGAAUACUGGAGGUGGUCGUGCAUGGAGUUGGUGGGCAAUUGACUAUGCUGAACAAUCUGAAGAAGGCGGCCAAACAACUGAAACUGAGUCUACCGAUUUAAAUGGAGGCAGGCGUGAAACAUUUGCGGCUAGAUUUAAGCUUACUGAGCAUAGUGAGGAGUUUCGUAGCCUUUUUGAAGAAGCUGUCCAAGCAGCUGAAGAUCGUUUGGAUACAUCGCAGUCAGGUGAAACGAAACCGUCGAAAAAGUAUACAACUGAUUUGGACCAACAAAGUGAGGAUACGGAUUCUGAUGUUGUUGUCGUUGAGCGUCCUUUAAAGGUUAGUUAG